UCAAUUCAGUAUAGUCCUUCGAUUCAUCAUAAUAGGAUAAAAAUAUAUAUAUUCAAAUAUGUACAAGUCAAGUGUGUAUAUAAUUCUGUUCUUCAUAGCAGUGGAAUUUUCAUCUGCAUAUUUGAAACUUGAGGUGCUCUAAUGGCAAAUACCGCACCAGUGCCUGGUAUUAGAAUAUCGAUUAUUUAUUCCUGUCCAAACGACACUGUGUAUAUAACUACGAAAACCAUUCAAUUCAGUAUAGUCCUUCGAUUCAUUAUAAUAGGAUAAAAAUAUAUAUAUUCAAAUAUGUACAAGUCAAGUGUGUAUAUAAUUCUAUUCUUUAUAGCAGUGGAAUUUUCAUCUGCAUCUUUGAAACUUGAGGAACUUGGAGAGAACCUUUCGAAACUGGCACCGGUGUUACACAAUACUUGUGUCAAAAAAACAGGAAUACCCGAAGCUACAAUAUCAAGCAUGAGAGAAGGAAAUUUUGAGGAAGAAGACAAAUCAAAGGAAUAUGUCACAUGCAUAUGGCUGGAAUCCCAAAUUAUUAAACCUGAUGGUACUCUGAACAGGGAUCGCAUGAUGGAACUUUGCCCUCCUCAGAUAAAAGAAACUGGUCCGAAAAUAGUACUAGGAUGUUGGGAGAAAGUUGAAGAGGUGACUCCCCUGGAGAAGAGAGUAUACGAACUGCAGAAAUGUUUCUACAAAUCUGAUCCAGAGAAUUAUAUUAUGAUUUGA